AUCCCACAAGAGCAUGUUAAAACACAGGUUUUCGCUGGAGUGGGUCUUUAAAGGAUUAAGAAAUAAUAUACAAGAUAAAUAUCGUCUUUGUGUGUCUCUUUGCUCAGGUUUAAAUCAUGUUUACUUGAUGAUUUUUAUUUAGAUGAAAGUCCUUCCUGACGGGCAUAACCUGUUGCCAGGGAUUAUUCCUUUUUACCUGAGCUGUUGACUCACGCACUUCCCAGGCUGUCAAUCAUCCGGAGGGGGCGUGGAGCCGAACAGUGAUUGGACGUUUCAGGGUUUUUUUUCUACUUGGAAGCGCUCUUGGAAAUAAGGUGCAGCAGAGGAACCGAACACGGUCAUAUACGCGGAGGAUAGAUCACCAACAGAGGCUCGCUCGCAGACAUGUCCGUGUUCCCGGGUCCGCGCGGCGCUUCCGCGCUGUGGUCGCUGCUGCCUUUCUGCCUGUUUGUGGUGGCGGACGCACUAGACGUCAUCGACCAGGACCCCCCUGGGCUCACCUGCAGCCAGGGCCUCAUUCACUGCAGUUUAGAAUCAGAAAACCAGUUUUCUGUUGCAUUGCCUGAUCCAAACUCUGCGCUGGAUGUGGCUGAAAUGGAGCUGAAAGCUGCUCUUUGCCGUUCAGCAACGCAAAACUAUAAACCCUGCCUGCUAAUUGACCUCACCCUCCAAGAGGAAGAUGUUUUAAAGGACAUUUCUGAGGGGUCAGGUGAUGACAAUGAAGAAAGAGUUUUGGUGAAGGUGUGCCUCAACUCAGUUGCCACAACUGUCUGCAGGGCAAUUCGGUUCAAACCAGCGCAAGCGAUACCAAACCAAUCAUCCAUCCAGAACCCUCUUAAGCUGCUACUGACAGAGCAAGUGGAUUUUGGCAUUAAUGUUGUGGUGGUUGCACAAUCCAAGAACAUGUACUUUGUCCAGAAUAUCACAAUUCCACCGUUAGAAGAAGUUUGUUCCAUGAACCUCAGUGAGAAUAUCACUUUAUGUGAAGCUCCCCGCAUUGUAGUGGUGUGUGAGCAUGACCGAAAUCAAAUCCGACUGCAACUGAAAAACACUAAUUCCGAAAAGGAAGAACCCUCCGUGCAGAUGCUUUGGAAUAAAUUGGGUCUCAUUUGGCCCGAAGGCGAGAGUGAGAUGACGAUAACAUCCGAUGACAUUGCACCAUGCUUGUGCUUUGAGCUGUGGUGGAAGGGAAAAGACGUGAGACGAAAGUAUUGCCCUUUUGAGAGGGAUCCAGAUGCCCUUAAAAGAAUGCUGCCACAUGUGUCUCUGGCUGUGGUGGAGUCUCAGGUAAGAGACAGAGGCACAGCCCUGACUUGGAAUGUCACAUCUCCCUGUGUCCUGGAGGCAGACCUGUGGCUCUGCACUAAAGACUUUGAAGGAGGUCACUGUAAGGAACUGAUUGGCUCCAGACAGAAGCUUGGGGGCGGUUGGACGGCUGGACGUGGUGCACACUGGCAAGUAGGGGACUUCAAUGUGUCUCGCCAACCUCUGAUCUGUGUUCAGAUGAAGAUACAUGGAGUGGAGUCAAACUUUGAACCCCAGUGUCCAUUUUCAAAAUCUCGGGUGAGAUGGAUCCUUCCUCUGCUCAUUGGAUUUCCACUCAUGUGUUUAGCCAUACUUGGAGCUUACAUUGCACAAGGCAUCCUGAAAGGGUACGUUUGGAAAUGGUUGAAAGAAGAUGAUGUGAAAGGUGCUGUGGGUGGUGGCCACGUGGUUCUGCUGUACCCCCCCGAUGAAAAUGAGCAGGAUCUGCCGGGUCUGCUGUGUCAGCUGGGCUCAUCUCUGCAGGCUCUGGGCUUCACCGUUUCUCUGGACCUGUGGAGCCAGGCGGAACUCAGCAUCCUUGGCCCUGUGCCGUGGCUUCACUCCCGCUUGGACCGCCUGCAAAGGCAAGGGGGCAAAGUAGUACUAGUCCUGACGCAGGUGACUUGGACCAGAGCUGAAGAAUGGGGAGCCCUAAGCUGCAGCAGAAGCACUCCAACGGAGAUUAACAGAAGUAAGGAGGAGAACCCAGCAGGAAGCUCCCCCACUUCAUGUCACCAUGCAGAUGUUUUUGGAGCUUCACUGAGCUGUAUACUAGCUGACUGCUUACAAGGCCGAGCUGGUGAAAGGUUCAUGCUGGUGCAGUUUGAAUCCCUUCCACCUGAGCCUCCGGGUAGCUUCAGGCCACUGCCACAGCUUUUCCGCGGCCUGCACGUGUACAGCCUUCCAUCGCAGAGUCUGGGUUUUCUAACAGAACUGGCUGGAGCUCAACGAACUGCCUCUGGUUCAACCAGAAGAAAAAGAGCUGGAGGGCUCAGGAUGGCGUCACGGGCUCUGGCACAAAAGCUGUCAGGGUUCACAGCAGGAACAAAUAUUCUACAGCUUCCUUUGAUGCCUCAGGGUUGUGUGGGAGGACAGGAUUUGGGUGAAACUGUGCCUCUAAAUUCAUGCCUCAUUACUGACGAGUGCGGCCCUGACACCAACCCUGUUGUCAGAGAAACUGAAUGGGCCUGACAGCUGGGGAGCGGGAGAUGAGGAGCUAGUAAUGAGGAAGGAGGACUUCAUGUGAUGUACUGAAAGACCCUUGGAAGGAUUGGAAUCAGCUUGUUCUUUCGAUCGUUGCUUGUUUCAUGUGGAUGAUCAAUUGAAGUUAUGUUCAGGUUUCUGUCUGCAAAAUCAGUGUUUUUUUUUGUUGUAAUUAACAUUAGUAAAAGUCAUUAAAACUUAAGCUACUAAUAUGGAGAAACAGCAUCACAAUAAUUAGAAAACAUUGAAAAGAUGGCAGAUCUUAUUAAAAAAAUGUACAAUUUUGAGAUGAGCAUAUUCAGAGGCUCCAGGGAUUUACAAGCUACCAAAAAACUUAAAAAAAAACAAACAAAAAAA